UAUCGCCUUAAGUAGCCUCACUCCGUCCGACCCGCCAGGUCAGGGAAGGCGUUCCCCUAACUCGAGCGCCGCCUCGGAGCCUUCUUCGUCCCUGCUGUGACAGUCUCCGCAGGCGGUCGUAGGCGACGCCUCUUCUCCUGCUCUCUGGUUCCGUCUCGGUGGUCGAUUGAGAGCGAGGCGGACGAGUGUUCGAGGGCCCAAUGACCACUCGAAUUACUCCCGGAGUGGGAGCCAACCUCCUCGGCCAGCACUCCGCGGAGAGGAAUCAGGAAGCCACAACCUAUGUGGGAAACCUAGACCCGCAGGUUUCGGAGGAGUUGUUAUGGGAAUUAUUUGUCCAAGCUGGCCCAGUUGUUAAUGUAUAUGUUCCAAAAGAUAGGGUUACAAAUCUUCACCAAGGAUAUGGCUUUGUGGAGUUUCGGAGCGAAGAAGAUGCGGAUUAUGCUAUUAAGAUCUUGAACAUGAUUAAACUUUAUGGAAAGCCAAUACGUGUAAACAAGGCUUCUCAAGACAAGAAGAGCUUGGAUGUAGGGGCAAACCUUUUUGUUGGUAAUCUUGACCCGGAUGUAGAUGAGAAGCUUCUCUAUGAUACAUUCAGUGCAUUUGGUGUUAUUGUAACAAAUCCGAAGAUAAUGCGUGACCCUGAGACUGGGAACUCUCGAGGCUUUGGUUUUGUUAGCUAUGAUUCCUUUGAGGCAUCUGAUGCAGCGAUAGAGUCCAUGAAUGGUCAGUAUCUUUGUAACCGUCAAAUCACUGUUUCAUAUGCAUAUAAGAAGGAUACCAAAGGAGAACGCCAUGGCACCCCAGCAGAGCGGGUUCUAGCAGCUAGCAACCCAGGAACUCAGAGGAUCAGACCACAUACCUUGUUCGCUAGUGGACCACCAACGCUCCCUAAUGGCCCCCAGGCAAAUGGAUCAGUUCCCCCAGCAAUCCCUCCCAGGCCAUUUGCCAAUGGACCACUACCACCAGCUCCACUUCCAGCAGUACGCCCCCCAUCGAUGCCAGUUGGACAAUUUCCUCCCCCAAUGCAGUGGCCUGCCCACCCUCAACCUGGACAAGGCCUUCCACAACCUGUGAUGCCUCCACCACCACUCCAACAGUUCAGGCCUCCAGCAAACUUGCCACCACCUCCACCCACAGGUAUGAUGAGGCCGCCACCACCACCACCUUCUGGGGUGGGUGUUCCACCACCUGCUCUAUGGAGACCACCUCCACCACCUCAGCAGAUGGCUGGAAGGCCCAUGCCUCCACCUCCGAUGCCCAUGCCACCAAAUAUGAUGCCAAAUGGCUCGGUUCCAUGACAUCACACAGGUUCUAUAAGUUUCAUUUGUCCUGAUAAUUCUGUGGAAUCUCUUAAAACUUAUGUGCACUAACUGUGGAUCAGAAAAUCUAGUGACUGAUAUGUCUUUUGGUUGUGUACUACUCUUUUAAGUAUUGCACUGACUUACAUUGUAUAGCCGGGUGAUAUGACAUCUUGGUGAGUAGAUUUUGUUUAUGAUUGUAAAAGAGUUUUGAGUGUCAGAAAUGCUGUGUAGACAGUGUAUGAAAUCUGGCUAAAUCGUUGUCAACUUUGCUGUGGA